AUGCCGUCUCUCAAAACACGCUUCGGCGCUCUUGCGCUGGCCACGGCAUUUUUACCUCCUCAGUCAUUGGCCACGCCAAUUGAUUCUUACGACUACAUCAUUGUUGGCGCAGGGACAAGUGGACUUCUCUUGGCCAAUCGCCUGACCGAAGACGCCAAUCUCAACGUUGCUGUCAUUGAUCCUGGUGCCGAUGAACGAAACAACACAAACGUUGUCAAUCCGCUCGCAUGGCUGGGAUUAAGUGGGACAUCUGUCGACUGGAAUUAUUCGAGUGUUCCUCAGGAAUACAUUGGUGGAAGAGUUCUCCCGUACGAUGCAGGUAAGGGGAUAGGUGGGACCAGCUUGAUAAAUGGGAUGACAUAUAUUCGAGGAGACCAGGCGCAAUUCGAUUCCUGGGAGGAUCUCAAUCCUGGGUCAGGAUGGAAUUGGGAUACCAUGCUACAGUACUACAAGAAGGCUGAGCGAUUCUUCCCUCCCUCGUCAUGGCAGGAGGCUGUUGGCGCACUAUAUGAAGAGGAAUACCAUGGAUCCUCAGGAGGAAUUGACGUCGGCUUCAGCCCAGUCCUGCUCAACGGCUCUUUUUACGGAGACGCCAAGACCGCUUGGGCAAAUCUCGGCCAAUCUCUCGACAAAGAUGUGAAUAGCGGACACACGGCUGGAUUCGACGUUUGGCCACAGACUCUGAAUCCAAUCAAUAACACACGAUGCGAUGCUGCCACGGCGUUUUACUGGCCUGUACAAGAUAGACCAAACCUGACGUUAAUCAACGGCACAGUUUCUAGGAUUCUGUGGAAGAAUUACACGGGCUCGACUCCUGAAGCGUCUGGCGUUGAGUACGUGAUGCCGAAUGGACAGAACAAGACUAUGAAGGCUGAGAAAGAAGUAAUCUUGUCCGCAGGUGCCCUGCGUACGCCGCUUAUUCUUGAGCUCUCCGGUAUCGGUAACCCAAGUAUUUUGGAGGAAUUGGGCAUUGAGACGGUUGUUGACCUACCAGGCGUGGGAGAAAACAUGAUUGAUCAACCUAACAUGGCCCUGUCCUACUCGACCAACACCACAUUCCCCGGAUACGCACCGUAUGCUACAUUUGUUAAUGCUACUUCUCUUUUCGGGGACGGCUUUAAAAGGGUAUCUGAUGUAGCAAAGCUGCUCUUACCGCACUGGGCACGGCAGAUUUCCAAGGAGACAAACAGAGCUUUAAACGCCACGGCAGUCGAGCAACUCCUUCGAGUUCAAUACGAUCUAAUAUUUGAGAAGGAUGUUACCAUUGCUGAAAUACUAUCUACUGCAAGUGGCACUGGCGCUUUUUCAGCGUACUGGGGUACUCUGCCUUUCAGCCGUGGGAGUGUACACCUCAACUCGACCGACGACAUCAACACACCCAAGAUCAACCCGAGAUUCAUGGCUAUAGACUUUGACAUGAUUGUUCAAAUCGCCAUCGGACGCCUUGCAGCAACGUUCUGGAAUACCCCGCCCAUAUCUACCAGUAUCGAGACUGAGUUGCAGCAAGCUCUUUCGCCAGACGCUUCAUGGAAUCAAUGGAAGAACUUUACAGACAGCACCCUGAUAUCGAACGCACACCCCAUUGGGACCGCGGCGAUGCUUCCGAGAAAACUUGGCGGAGUUGUCGAUCCGCAGCUCCGCGUAUAUGGCACGAAAAAUGUGCGGGUGGUGGAUGCUUCUGUGAUACCGUUGCAGAUCAGCGGACACCUUACUGCUACACUGUAUGCCAUUGCGGAGAGGGCAGCGGCGGAAUUUAUUGCUCCAGCUCGGGAUGCUGUGUGA